UGUAAACGAAACCUUAGUCCUCAAGCAAUUUACGGGAGCGAAACUUUUGACCAGGAAAUUUCUCCCUAGGUCAAUAUAUGUAAACCCCAAAAUUGAUCGUCUUUACUCGUACUCUCAACCCCACUCCUAAGACACUCUCAAUUUUUCUUCUUUCUAUACUACAACUUCAAUGUCUUCAAUGGCGAAACUAAAGAUAGCAGGGACAUGGGUUGGUGUACUGGAGGUAGAAUUGCAGAAUUGGACGGUUUCCAUGCUCAGAGAGGAAGUUGCAAAGCGAUCAAACAUGGGUCCUCACUCAAUCAAUUUAAUAUGCGCGGGCAAAGUCUUGAAAGAUGGUGAUGGCAGUGAAAAGCUUAACCAAUUGGGUAUCAAAAACAACUCUAAAAUUCUCGUUACUCGAGUCUCUGUAGAGGAAGGUAAGUCGUUGAAAGAGGAAUUAAUGGCCGACGAUGAACGAAACCGUAGACUCGCUCGAGUCAAAGCUGCUGUUACUGCACUGUCCAAGAGACAUGCAGAUGGUCUGUUACCAGUUGAGGAUUUCGAUUUAGAACUUGAAGAUCAAAGUGGGCAGAAAUUGCAGUUUUCUGAGUCUGAUCAACAAGCUAUAAUGAUGGGUCUGAUGCUUCAUGCAAAUGGAAAGGGGCUAAUAAGAAGGCAAAUGUUUAAAGAUGCACUAGAAGUGCUCACCAUGGGAGAGGAAGCUUUCUCUCUAUGCAAUCCCAAAUCUAUUGAACUUGUUGACAACAUCCCUAUACUCCAAAUAGACAUGGUGUGGUGCUAUUUCAUGCUCCGUGACAUAGCCUGGCUCUCAAUGGCGGGAAUACGCCUUGAAAAGGCUAGACAAGGACUUGAACGUGCUCAUGGCAAGGAUUCCUCCCGUUUUAGACUCCUUCAAGCAGGUCGCUCUUCAGAGCUUGCUCUAUAUUUGAGACUGGAGCUGUUGGAAGGAGUGGUGGCAUACCAUAAUGGCCAGUUUGACAAGUGUAGGAGGUGUUUGACCUCUGCACAAGCAAAAUUCUUGCAGUUACAAGUGUCAGAUGAAGCCUUGUCUACUGUUAUGAGCAUGGGGUUCAAGGAACAAGAUGCAAAGAAGGCACUGAGAAUGAGCAACCAGGAUGUGGAGAGUGCUAUUAAUUUUCUUGUUGAGGAGAAGGACAAGAAAGCAAAGAAACGGGAGGAUAACAUUCGUCGAAGAAAUGAAAUUAGAGAGCAACAACGUUAUGGGGUGACACCCUUAAAGAAAGCUGUAGAUCUCCAAAGCUUGAAAGAGUUGGUCUCUAUUGGGUUUGAGAAGGAGCUUGCUGCCGAAGCUCUACGAAGAAAUGAGAAUGACACUCAGAAGGCAUUGGAUGACUUGACAAAUCCAGAAACUAAUACAGCCAUCCAGCGCGAUAUAGAAUCAAAGAAAAGAAAAAGACAGCGACAAAAAGAUGAUACUACAAUUGAGCGGCUUGUCUCCAUGGGCUUUGAAAGAUCUAGAGUGGUUGAAGCUGUUCAAGCUGGUGGUUCUAUGAAUCAAGCUAUGCAACAGUUGCUCACACAAUCAAGAUCUAACCCAACUGAUCCUACUAACAACAAUACAAGUUCUCCUGGUUUAACACUUACCAAUGAUGCUCUGGAGGGUUUUGGUGAAGAUCACAUGAGCGAUGAUAAUGAUGUUGGAGGUGCAUCAGUCAGCCAUAUUGAACAGAGGGAUGCAGAGAUGGAAGAUGAAAUCACAAAUGAAAUAGCAAAAGGAGAUGGCUUGUCUGACUAUGAUAUUGAGGUAACAAAAGAAGGUGAAGCCAUAAAUGAGUAUUUAGCAUUGUUGGAUUCUGUAGGAAGUAGCGAGAGAGCUUCUUCUUCACAGUGAGAAGGAAAAGGCUGAAAAAAUAAUAUGAGAAGCAUAUCUGUGAAUAGAGUUCAAUACCCAUAACCUAGAGCUUAAGGUUAGAGAUCAGGAGUUGAAAGUAAACCAAGCUCUAAUUAAACAUUAUUACAGGACCAGAAGCUGUUGAAUGCUUAUUGAGAAGUUAGAAUGGCAUUGCAUGUUCUAACUUUUUGUGUGUUCUGUUUUCCAAUUCUUAGAGUUUAGAUGUGGUUAGUUCAUGCUAUCUAAAAGCUCAGCUUCCUUCAUGCUGGGAGGCCCAGAAAAUACGCCCACAAAUCAAAUAAUACUUUCAAGUUUUGCUCUUAAA